AGGACGUGGAGGAGAGGAGCCGAAGGGCAGAGGAACCUCCUCCCCCGUUUCACCCACGGGAGGAUAAUGGUGUCGGCGGAGCCUCUUGUGCCGUUUGGAGGGUCGAAGCGGCUCCUGGGUGGUCCUGCAGCCAUUUUUAAACAUUCAUGAAACUAACUCAUUACUGUGAAUCUUAUAAAGAGAAUGCCAAGGAGAGCACACUGGACAACGGAGAAUGAGAAGCAUUAAAAUCCAAAAUGAACCCUUAGUCAAAAUAUUUUUUCAAUUCCUCUUGAAAGUGUAAAAAGUCUUCUUCCUCCACAAAUGAGAGAUAAGGGAAAUAAUAACAAAAACAAAGUUUUGAGUCGGAGAAAAUAGAUUAUACGGUACAUGAACAAUCAAGGAGGAAAAUAUCCAAAUAAAGAAAAAGUGGGAAAUACCUAAAAGUCAGUGGGAAGAAAAAAGUCCACGUGGCCAAAAUGGGCAGGUAUUAGUGAAAGCCUUUGACAAAGGAAAGAAUGGCUUGAAUCAAAGAAUCUCCAAGUAAGAGAUCAGAAAUAUUUUUGGCCUUCUCAAGAAUCCUAGAAUAUCGGUGUUGGAAAACCCCCAGAGACUGCCUAUUGUGUGAAAAACACAUAUUGCAGGUCACAGCUGAUUAUGCGCAACAUGAUCCAUCCAGUGAAAAGCCAUACAAAUGUUUGGAGUGCGGUAAAAACUUUACUCGGAAAACCUUCCUCAUAAUUCAUGGAAGGACCCAGUGCUUCCACUGUGACAAAAGAUUAAGCAUGAACGCCAAGGCGGUGAGACACAAGAGCACUGGGGAGAAACUCUUUGAAUGUCCUGAUUGUGGGAAAAGUUUCUGUCGGAAAUCUACCCUGGUGAUACAUCAGAGGACUCACAUGGAAGAGAGACCAUAUGAGUGUCUGGAUUGUGGGAAAAGCUUCAAGGAGAAUUCCAAGCUCGUGAUACAUCGGAGGAUUCACACAGGAGAAAAACCAUAUGAGUGCCCAGAUUGUGGGAAAAGUUUCAAUUGGAAUUCCGAUUUGGAAGUACACCAAAGAACUCACACUGGAGAGAAACCGUAUGAGUGUCCUGAUUGUGGGAAAAGCUUCUCUCGGAAUUCUAACCUGGUGAAACAUCAGAGGACUCAUACUGGAGAGAAACCAUAUGAGUGUCCUGAUUGUGGGAAAAGCUUCUCUCGGAAUUCUGACCUGGUGAGACACCAGAGGUCUCAUACGGGAGAGAAACCAUAUAAGUGUCUGGAGUGUGAUAAAUGUUUUAUUCAAAAUUCUCACCUGCUUAUACACCAGAAGAUUCACACGGGAGAGAAGCCAUAUGAGUGUCCUGAUUGUGGGAAACGUUUCAAUCGGAAUUCUGACAUGGUGAUACACAAGCGGACCCACACAGGAGAGAAACCAUAUGAGUGUCCUGAUUGUGGGAAAGGUUUCUCUUGGAAUUCUAAUCUGGUGAAACAUCAGAGGACUCACAGAGGAGAAAAACCAUAUGAGUGCCCGGAUUGUGAGAAAUGUUUCAGUCAGAAUUCCUACCUGGUGAAACACCAGAGGACUCACACAGGAGAAAAACCUUAUGAGUGUCUCGAAUGUGGGAAAAGUUUUAGUUGGAAUUACAAUUUGGUGACACACUGGAGGACUCACACAGGAAUAAAACCAUACGAGUGUCCGGAUUGUGGGAAAGAUUUCAGUUGUAGCAUGCAAACCAAUCUGGUGAGACACAAGAUGACUCACACUGGAGAAAAACCUUAUGAUUGUCUGUAUUGUGGGAAACAUUUCCAACAUAAUUCCAAGCUGGCGAUACACCAGAGGACUCACACAGGAGAGAAACCAUAUGAGUGUCUGUAUUGUGGGAAACGUUUCAGUCAGAAUUGCAACUUGGUGAAACACCAGAGAACUCAUACAGGAGAAAAACCAUAUGAAUGUGUGGAUUGUGGGAAAAGUUUCAAACAGAACUCCAACCGGCUUGUACACCAGAGAACUCAUACAAGAGAGAAACCCUUUGAAUGUCCUGAUUGUGGGAAAGGUUUCAGUUAUAAUUCCAACCUUUUGAAACACCAGAGGACUCACACAGGGGACAAACCAUAUGAAUGUCCAGAUUGUGAGAAAGAUUUCAAUUGGCACUCCGACUUGGUGAAACACCAGAAGACUCACACAGGAGAAAAACCAUAUGAGUGCCUGGAUUGUGGCAAAAGUUUCAGUCGGAAUUCCCACCUGGUGGAACACCAAAGAAUUCACACAGGAGAGAAACCAUAUGAGUGUCCUGAUUGUGGGAAAGGUUUCUCUCGGAAUUCCUAUCUAGUAGUACACCAGAGAAAUCAUACAGGAGAGAAAAUGUAUGAGUGUCAAGUGUGUGGGGAAAGUUUCAGUUGGAAGUCUGAACUGGUGAAGCACCAGAAGACACAUAGAGGGGAGAAACCAUUUCAGUGUCUCGAUUGUGGUAAAAGUUUCAAUUGGAAUUCUGCUCUCUUGAUACACCAGAGGACUCACACAGGAGAAAAACCAUAUGAGUGUCUCGAAUGUGGGAAAAGUUUCAUUCGAAAUUUCGACUUAGUGAUACAUCAGAGGAUCCACACAGGAGAGAAACUGUAUGAGUGUCCGGAUUGUGGAAAAAGUUUCAGUCAGAAUUCUCACUUGAUGUUACACCAGAGGACUCACACAGGAGAGAAACCAUAUGAAUGUAUGUAUUGUGGGAAAAGUUUCAGUCAUAAUUCCAACCGGAUGAAACACCAGAGGACUCACACAGGAGAAAAACCAUAUGAAUGUCUCGAGUGUGGGAAAGGUUUCAGUCAGAAUUCAUACCUGGUGAAGCACCAGAGAAUUCACACAGGAGAUAAACCAUAUGAGUGUCUCGAGUGUGGGAAAUGUUUCUAUCGGAAUUAUGACUUGAUGAUACACUGGAGGACUCACACAGGAGAGAAACCAUACGAGUGUCCAGAUUGUGGCAAAGAUUUCAGUAUUAGGUCUAACCUUAUAAAUCAUGUUAGGUUACACACAGGGGAGAAACCAUUCAAAUGCCCAGAUUGCGAACAGUGUUUCACACGGAAUUCCUCUCUUAUCGCACACAAGAAAUUCCACAUAAGGGAGAAUUUGAUGUGUGUAGAGGAAUCUUGAAUUUUGUUUCUCAUUUCUUAUCGGAAGCCCCGCUGAGAGAUUAAUAAUUUGAUUUCUUGCAUGAGCUGAGGUGGCGCAGUGGUUAAAUGCAGCACUGCAGGCUACUUCAGCUGACUGCAGUUUGGCUGUUCAAA